UCUAUUCAUAUUUUUAUGUUUGUAUAGUCUGCUACCUUUACACGGUUACAGUAGCCUUUAUUUAUAUUGAAAAAAAUAUACACAGCAAAAUUAAGCUGUCCAAACCCAUGCCUUCUCUUUAAAAGAGAGCGGGAUAUGUGAAGACCACCUUUCUGUUUAAGAUGAGAACUGGGUCGCUUUGGCACAUCUUGUUAAAUGGGAAACCUCCGGUUUGCAAGCAGAUGCUCUGAAGGUUGGAAAUUAAACAUAUUUGCCCCUUACGUUGAAAUUAGGCUAAAAUUGUAUUCUUUUCUUUUUAUGUAAUUUCAUAAAACGAACAGUAAACAGGUUUAUACAGGGACCUCUUGUGGAUAGAUGAGAGAUGAUGGGAAGGAUCAACCUUUCCUUUUUAAUUUCUUUUAUUCGUUUUAUAUCGAAAACAAUGUUGUGACAACAGCCAUAUAUUGUAAAACAAAGAGAUUAUUUAUAUGCAUUUUUGUUUAGAAAAUGUACGCUUACAAACAGAUGCUCUGAAGAACGUCAGAACAGAAGUGACAACAACUGAAGCUGUUUGGGUUGAAAAUAUAACAAUGUAACCUAACCACAAAAAAAUAUUUCGUCAAGACAUACAUCCCCCUUACAACAAUUAAUUAUGGUUUUAUUAGUAAAAGUUUAAUAAUUUGUUUAUUUAUGUAUUUCAAUAACUCACUCCAGCGAGGGAACGAACCACCAAAGGCACUACGCGCUCCAGUUGACGGACGUUACGUCAUUUCCGCUUGUGUUUUGUUCCUGUAGUGGCGGGAAUACGCGCUACAGACGGACGACAUGGAUGUUGAGAUGAAAGAGACAGACAGUGAGCAAUGUCAAGUCGACGCGCCGUCUAAAAAAGACGAUAAUGCACCUAAAUCAUCGACGACUGCUUAUGAACUACCAUGGGUUGAAAAAUACAGACCUCUAAAGUUGAAUGAAAUUGUCGGGAACGAGGAAACGGUCAGCAGACUGGAGGUGUUCGCAAGAGAAGGAAAUGUGCCCAACAUCAUCAUUGCUGGUCCGCCUGGUACUGGAAAAACGACCAGCAUUUUGUGUUUGGCUAGAGCUCUUCUUGGUCCAGCCAUGAAAGAUGCUGUGCUUGAGCUGAAUGCCUCCAAUGACCGAGGAAUAGAUGUCGUGAGAAACAAGAUCAAAAUGUUCGCCCAACAAAAGGUCACGUUACCAAAAGGUCGCCACAAGAUUAUCAUUUUGGAUGAAGCUGACAGUAUGACAGAUGGGGCUCAGCAGGCUCUGAGAAGAACCAUGGAGAUAUAUUCUAAAACGACACGCUUUGCCCUGGCCUGCAAUGCAUCAGAUAAGAUCAUCGAGCCCAUUCAGUCCCGCUGUGCAGUGCUGCGUUACAGCAAACUGAGAGACGAGCAGAUCAUGAUGCGUCUGAUGGAGGUGGUAGAAAAGGAGAACUUGCACGUCACCAAUGAUGGCCUGGAAGCUAUCAUCUUCACUGCUCAGGGGGACAUGAGACAGGCUCUGAAUAACUUGCAGUCAACAAAUUCUGGAUUUGGCUACAUCAACAGUGAAAAUGUUUUCAAGGUGUGUGAUGAGCCUCAUCCUCUGCUGGUUAAGAGUAUGCUGGAACACUGUGUCAAUGCUAACAUUGAUGAAGCCUAUAAGGUAAUUGAACAGCUUUGGUUGCUAGGAUACUCACCAGAGGACAUAAUCGGAAACAUCUUUAGAGUUUGUAAGACCUUACAGAUGCCCGAAUAUUUAAAGCUGGAAUAUAUAAAGGAGAUCGGGUAUACUCAUAUGAAGGUGGCAGAAGGGGUGAACUCUUUAUUACAGAUGGCUGGACUGUUGGGUCGACUGUGCAGCAAGACUGCGACACCAGAUGCAAGCUAAAGCCAAGGUGACCGACCAAACAAUAACUAGUCCUCAUUGUUCUUAAUGUACUUUUAUAUAAAAUAAAAAAUAUAUUAUUGUAAAAAAGUUACAAUCUGCGAUAAAAAUGAAUAAAAAAUAGUUCUGA